GCGCAGCCCGCCAGCCCGCGAGCCCGCCCCUCCUUGAUCAACAAAGUUGCAAUCAGAGUUGGAACAACGUGAGCAAGACAGGCAGGCAGGCAGACAGGGCAGAGGUAUCUCAAGGUCUACUGCAACCGCCGGGGUCCAGACCGUUCAAGUUGGGGACAUCAGGAUGAUGGCCCCAUUCUCUCUGACACCCUCACACGCAGGCGGCAAUUACGCCCCUCGGCCCGUGGUUGGCACUGUCUCAUUGACAUGGCAAUUGGCUUCUUUGCUCGACUGGCGAAAACCUUGAAAUCUGUACCCCCUUUCACGCCGCAUGAGUUGUAAGGAAGAUACACCUGUUGGCGCUUGGGAUGACGAGGCCACCGUGACGCACAUGUGCCCAGGUGGCGCCUGGUAGCGUCUGUGUCUACCGUGCCGCUGCAAGAAAUUGCCGCAGGCGCCGGGCGGUAGCAUGCCGAGGAGGAGGGGGAGGCGGUUCUGGGCUUCAAACUCUGAUUUCUAUUACCUCUCUCCUAUGCACGGUCUAUGAUGGUUCAGUGCCACCCAGGCUGCCAGACGACCAGUCAAGUCUGUUCAAGCAGGGACAAGUUGCACGACGGAGUCAUCUUCGUGCAGUGAGAACAGCGGGGACGCAUCCGAGGCAGCGGGCCGUCUUGCAAGCGAGGCGAUCUCGCUGCCGAGACCCGCAAGGCUCUCUCCUCUACCAAUCCCUGGUUUCCAUCCGCUGCAGGCAUCUUCUCGUCGUGGCCAAAAAAGCCUGUCAGAAUUUUGCCCCGAGGCAAAAAGAAGAAGAAAAAUGCAGCUUCCUUGGUCUCCUGUGGGGCCACGUUUGGUCUAAAAAGGCGCUUGUCUGCUUGUCCAACCGGACUGGACUGCAGCGACAACCGUGCCGGCGUCCGGGCCCAUUUCUGCACGCUUUGGUGCUGGCGGCAGUAGCUCGGAGGUAGACUACAUGCCCACAGUUUACAGUACCAGAGUCGAGUAGAUGCCUGGUUAGUGAUGUUCCGGCCGGCCACAUGUCUGGCAUCACGAACUGCAGCAGGUCUCAAGAUGUCGGUGCCUGGUUCUUGCUGGUAAAGGUGUAGAGAAAGAGGCCCUGUCUACUGAAUACGGGCCGCUCGUCGUCAGGGAUCUCAGUCACGACAAAGGCCUUUUUGGCGUUCUUCAGGAACUGCAUGUCGGCGCGCCGUCUCUUCAUGAAACAGAAGUAGAUGGUCGCAGAGGGACAAAGCGCCAGGAGGUCCUUGAGGGUCUGCAGCAGCAGCGGGAAGGCGGGCUCGUAGUAAACACAGUCGGCAGCCAGGAUCACAUCCGGCUUGAAGUCUACUGUCUCCGACGGCAGUGGCUCGCCCCUGAUGUGGUUUUGCGUGACACGGUUAGCCACGAGGGUGCUCUGGGCACUGCAUGUUGCCAGUGUGGCCGAUAGACAAGAUGGUCUCGGGUAAGCUGUGCCCCAGGAGGUGGUGCUCUUGACUCACCAGUUCAGCACCGAAGGCUUGACCCGGCCUUGUGCGUUGUUGAGCACGACGUUGUGGCCCAUCAGGCUCAGCAUCUCCAACUGGUCGGUUAUGUGGAGAGGCUGGCUGAGGCUGCACCCGUUUGCUACCGCCAAGCCAACGAGUCCUCCACCAGCUCCAAUCUCCAAUCUGGUACACCAGUCGAAUGUCAGCUCCCUGCGCAUGUGUGUCUCCUCUUUUCCCUUUUCCAUCGUUCUCCUCUCCUCCCUCCCACCCGCUUCUGCUCUUCGAAGGUCGGCUCGGCUCGCACGACACAACAGACGGUCACGCAGGAGAGAACUAGGUGGAGGCAGGCCGGGGAGGGGCAGAACGAGGCAAUGAAGGAGAUGGCAGGGUGCGACAACACUCACAUGCGCGCAUCUCGGAGCUCUUCCCGGUGGUAUCGCAGCAUAUGCCUGGCCAGCACCACACCCGCUGGCCAUGUCUGGCCUCCACACCCCGAAGCAAGGUCUUCGUGAACCUUCAAUGGCGUCUCAAGCAGGCCGCCGAAGUCGAGUGCUGUGUCGCCGGCGGCCUUGUAGUCAGGCAGGGGCGCAAAGUCGACACCAAAGGCGGAGGGGUCCAGCUCUGGCGAGGAGGAACGGGAGAGCUUCAUCGUGGGAGUGACGUUGGCUGAUGGUUUUUGAGAGCUGUGAGGUGUGAGAAGGGAGGACUGAGAGGUGAGUUGUGUGUAUGUGAGUUGAGAGUUGAGGGGUGAGUGAGCGAUGAGAGGUUGGUGGUGAGUGGUGAGAGGUGAAAGGUGAGUGUCGAUGGUGAGGCAAUUCAGAUGGCUGCACGUGGUGAGAUUUGAUGCGGGGUGAGGGUUUAGAGGAAGGGGUUGCCACAAAAAAGGAAAGAGGCAGAGGCAGAGGCAGAGGCGGCGGCAGUGAGGACUGCACAGGGCGGUGAGGAAAAUAUGGUGUUUGCUGAUUGAUGCCAACGCGAAUCUCUCCGUGGCGAUAAGCUCAGAUGGGGGCUCAAACGAGGGUCUAGGCUGGGCCGGGCUGGGCUGGGUGCACCCCACGAUACACAACGAUACGCGAUGCACGACAGACAGACAGACAGACAACCGAUACGGCCGCUGUCGGUUGGCCAAGCGGCCCCCUUUCUGCCGCUGCAAGUGCGGGUUGUCGGGGCUCCAUGACGCCGUGCCGACCUCGUUGGCGCCAUCGUGAAUCGCCGGCCGCCCAAAGCAUACUAGGUUGGAAACUGACUGCCUGUACCACCAGGAAAUGGGGCCGAGUGCUAUCAAACAGACCACAGCAGAAGUCUGCCGGACGAUUACUUCAAGUUGUCGGUUUAUGCUGCAUCCCGGCGAGUUUGAGCUUCAGAUCCACAUCAACCUUGGAACUUGUCUGUCCACGGUCGAGGUUGAUUCACUCAUUUCAAGUGAACUGGGGUGGGCUGAAUCGAAUCAUCCCUCCCGACAUCACUCCCCAGCGGUUUCUCUUUCUCCAGGCCAAACCACCCAUCAUGAUCGUCAUCAUGGAAACAUUUCUUCACCACGUCGGCAGCACAUACUUAGGCACCGAGGGAGCAGGAUGACGCCGGCACAGCCCUCCCUUCCCUCACAUCUUCUGCCCACAUCCGAACUCCCCGUUCGAGCCCUCCCUUAACCCUAACCUAAAUUCAACCGUCAACUGGAAUGUUGACUCAACUUACAGCCUCCUAGUCCCGGCCUCCCGGUCUGGCCAUUCAUCAUCUUCUCUAGACCACUCCGUACAACCACCCGUCCAACUCAGCCGAGGGGUGGGCACCAAGAUGCCCUCAAGGGGUUGGAUCUCUGCUGCCCUCAAUGGGGGCUCAACCGGGCAUCAAGGGGCCUCAAGGGAUGGGCCGAGCCUCCUUCUCCUCGACAUGUCUUCGGCCAUGUCUCCGAUCAUGUCUCCUGGUAGGCCAUGAAUUUGUGCCAUCCUUCUCUUCCAUGGCUUUUCAUCCCCAUCUGCUGGAAAAUCCUGUCUUCGCCUUGUGUGUCUGUCUGUCCGUCCGUCCGUCUGUCUGUCUGUGACCUCAUGAACUCGGCGCCCAACGACCAUUCUCGUGACACCAGACAAUGCGUCUACCCGGGGUGACCACUCUCCUCCUCGUGGCUUCACUCGGCGCUGUACGUGUCGACGCCACGCCUGUCAUCGCGUUUCCCAUCAACUCGCAGGUCCCACCCGUUGCAAGAAUAUCACAGCCCUUCUCAUACGUCUUCCCCUCCACGACGUUCACCUCCCCGUCCGGGACGUCGCUGUUCUACACGCUCAGGGACUCGCCGCCCUGGCUCUCCAUCGACAGCAGCAGCCGGCGGCUCUAUGGGACACCUCGCGAUGCGGACAUCGCACCAGGCACCGUGGUCGGGGUGCCCAUUGUCCUCGUGGCCACCGACGGCACCGGCUCGACACCUCUCUCUGUGACACUGGUCGUUUGUCGCAACCCCGGCCCCACCGUCCACGUCCCCGUCUCGGACCAGAUACAGUUUUUCGGCACCUACUCCGAGCCCUCGUCCAUUCUGUUGUAUCCGGACAGAGACUUCUUCUUCGCCUUUGCGCCAGACACCUUCCUCGAUUCCGAGGUCCAGAGUCUCAACUACUAUGCCGUGACCACCGACAACAGCCCCCUGCCAGCGUGGGUGACUUUCGACGAGGGCACCCUAGCAUUUUCCGGCACCACGCCCCCGUUUGCCUCUCUGGUAGAGCCGCCCCAGACCUUCUCCCUGAAGCUCGUCGCAUCGGACAUCAAGGGGUUUUCGGCGGCCUCGGUCUCCUUCUCCAUCGUGGUCGGAAGCCACGCCCUGACAGCAACCCAGCCGAGGAUCGCCCUCGAUGCUACAGUUGGGACACCCGUGUCUUAUACCGGGCUGGUGGGAAGCGUCAUGAUCGAUGGCUUCCCCGCAACCAUCAGCGACGUGCCCAGGGUCGCCACGGUGAACCUGCCCUCGUGGCUUGUUUUUGAUCCGGCGUCGUGGGCGAUUACCGGCACGCCUCCGGACACGGCACAGUCGACCACAUUUACAGUAAUUAUGGAAGAUGGGUUUUCAGACAGACUGAACAUCACCUUCGACGUUGAGCUCGCAGCAGCUGGCGGUGGUCCUUUUCGGGGCAUAUUCCCGACUGUAAGCCUCGAACCCGGUGAUCACUUGUCUUUUAACCUGAAACCGUACCUAUUCGACCCUUCUGAAGCCGAGAUCUCGGUCAGUAUUCAACCUCAUACACCAUGGAUAGAAUAUGAUGCGUCGGCCUUGGUCUUGUCAGGAGACGUGCCGACCUCGGCACCGAGUUCAGUCAUUGAAGUUGUGUUCAGUGUUCGGGCGGGGGAUGCUGGCCAGCUGAAGAGAGACGAGAUGACACAAUCGCAGAAACUGACCCUUGAAAUAUUGUCUGCCGUGGAGUCCACAACAACAUCAAUGGGGUCCUCAACCGCUUCUGUUUCAACGACCGCAACCUCAUCCGCCACCGCAGCGCCCGGAGGCCAACCGGCGCAAAACGCUACCAACGUACUGCUGGUCGCGGUCCUCGUGCCCGUGAUCUUGGCGCUUCUCUUCUUCACAUGUUUGUGUUUCUGUUGGUACCGCCGACGCCAGAGGCGCCUGUCACGCACCCCCUUGGAGGGCAAGGACAGCUGCGGCCCAGAGCCCACGAGCUACAUACACACUCAGGGCUAUGACCCCGAAGCCUCACGGCUGGACCUGAGUGAGCAGCACUCUGUCGGGCUCACGAACCCGACAGCUGAGAAAUGCAAACCUCGAAAGCCCAGCAAUCUCCGGUCCGAAUACACCGGCUCGCCGGUUCCCGAGGCCCCGGCCCCGGCCCUCCCGAUUAUUGUCCAUGAUGCGCCGACGCAGGACGCCCUGCCGAGCAAGUAUCGAGACCUGAUGGCACCCCUCCGCAACUUCCGAAUCCCUCGCCUCAAACGAGGCAACACCAGGACCUCGUGUGAUUCUUUUGACGACGACGACGGCCGUGGCUUCAGCAUGGAGCACCCCCCUUCCAUCACCCUGCGGCAGAGUCGCCAGAACUCUUUCCGCAGUGAUGUCGAGGUCAGCAUCCCUUCCCUGGACGGGGACCACACUACCUUGCAAACACCAGAGGCGGCCUAUGCCGGAUCAGCAACACGGCAGGGAGGCAACAGUGGCCAGUACCACGCCUUUCCCAGCACCCCAGCAGACCGUGGCCCUCCACCGAGGAAUCCAGCCCGGGUAUACAGCGACCUCGGUAGCCGGGACAUCACGCCCGUCGACCAGUCAGAGUUCAUCAUCGAAAAGACCCGGCCGGCCGCAGACGAGCCCAAGAUGCGAGAACACCCGGCGCUGCGGCACGCCAAGUCGCAGAGGUCCUUCCUGAGCCUCUCCUCCGCCGACACGUUCAGGGGCACACGCAGACUGGCCGGCAAGGCCACGGCGUCGGCCAAGGGCGCAGCGAGCCUGGCCAGCGCCGCGGUGCAGCGCAAGACCCUCAAGGCAUGGGGCAAGGUGCGCCUGCACGUGCGGGACUCGCCCCAUGCGCGGCAGGGGAUAUUCGACAACGUGGCGCACAGCCGGACGACAGACUUCGGCAGCUUCGGCGGCGGCGGUGGCUACAUGAGCCUGCGGGACCCGGGCGUGCCGACGACAGUCCCGACCCCACGGCUGGCGACCGCGCCCGUGGCGCUCAACAGCGAGAGCCACCGGCUGCGGCAGACGAGGAUGAACGGGAGCUUCAGCAGCGACAGCCGCCGCAGCAGCAGGGCGCUGUCCGUCGGGGCGGCCGGCGACAAGCGCAGCAGCCGCAGCGAUCCGGGCACGGUGGUGCGCCGGCGCCGCGGCACGAGCGGCUCCUACGACAUGCCCCAGUUCCACGCCACGUCGCCCCGGGGGUCGUACGCCGGGCUCGGCAUCGCAGACUACGAGGGGCUCGUCGACAGCUCGCCGUUCCACCCUUCGAGGGACGACAGGGGGCGGCCGGGGGCGGUGGCGACGACGACAACAACGGCUCAUACUCCAGCUGGCAGGCCGCCUGCGCCGUCGUGGGCGACGACACACGCGCGGUUCUCGAGCACUUCCUCGAUGGACCGGCCCUUCACGGCAAAGACGACGCAGACCUUCAGCAGCAUCAGGGACUCGAGGAACUGGGUCGUGCACCAGGUCAGUCCGAUGGAGAGCCCGAUGGAGAACCGCCUCGAGAGCCCGGUCAUUCCAUCGCCGGCUUCGAGUUCUGCGGGAGCGCAGGGCGGCGGUGUGGGCACUGCUACUACUGAGAUGACCCCUACGAGGAUGGCUCCGGCUGCACCACGGACAGAUGCUUCCUUGAGACAGGUCAGUGACGGUGGCGGCGCCACACGCGGUAACGAGAUCAAGCGGAAAAGUGUGGCGGUGUCUGGGGCAAGUAGGGAGUCUGACGGGCCACCUGCUUUUAUAUGAGAAAUGAUUAUCACAUACUAGUAGUUGUUUAAUAAUAAGGUGGCGAUCUGUUCUAA